AUUGCAGGAGGAACGACGAUAUGCAUGCUCACAAACAUUUUGUGCGGGGUGUGAGGCAAAGUUUGACCCCUGUUUAUAUCCUUCAAGAGAUUCGAGCAACCGCCUCUGGACAGCCACGGGGUGCAUCUUCUUCUUCGAAGGAAACGCAUCGUCAUUGUUCUCGACCGAGGCAAUGGCGAAGUAUGUCGGGGAGAGCGGAGCAGUCGCACAAUCCGUCCGUUGUGAUUCAAAAUUCAAUGAACAAUCGGGAACAUGGUGAGCCAGAUAAUCGGGAUGAGGAAAUGAAUGAUUUGGAUGAUGAUCCACCUGCUUAUAUGAAUGCACUCCCGUCUGUGUCUGUGGCAACACCGUAUGCAGCGGUUGAGAACACCGUGACUAUUGUUGCGAACGCUAGCACGGUUCGGGCAUUCGACAUUGGUGGUCGAGAACCGUGCAGGUAUUGUGGUGCAAAGUUGUGGAAUCAUGAAAAAAGUUGGACAAAAAUAUAUUGCAGAAAAGGUACGAGACGUUGUCCUCUGUGGGAAUGGCCUCGAGAAGGGUCCUUGGAGCAUGAAAUUCUUUCUAUUUGGACGUCUCAGACUCCCGACGGCCGAUUCGUUCGAAACAAUGCGAGGAUAAUCAAUAACAGUUUAUCUCUCGCAUCCUCGCGGUUGAAGCAACCGAGCGAUGGCGUUCAGGGAUUCCAGGGCCAACUUCGGGCUCAAGGUCCGAUCUAUCAUCGUGUCGGUGCAUUGGCUGUGGGGGAAGGGGAACGUCUUCGGUUUGCACAACUUUACUUGCACGAUCCUCACCGUUUGGAUGAUGCGAUUGAUCAAAGAGUGGAUUUCCUAAAUUUGUCUGCACACACGUCUGAUGUCGAACUUCACCGAAUGAGACGACUCUUAAAAAGGUUUCGCAAGUUGCUACAACAGUGUAACAACUAUGUGAAGGACUUCAUGACCAUCACCGACCUUCCGCCAAGAGCGUUGAAUGGAAGGAAGUUGGUCAUAAAUCCGGAUGCUAUGCCCGCGGAGGAACAUGCGAGGCGUUACAACCGUCCAAUGGGGCUACAGAAGGGUGAUCUUGCCGAACUUAUCCGGCGUGCGGACUUGAUCGUUUGGGAUGAGGCUCCGAUGAGUAACAAGUUCCACUUGGAAGCUCUUGACAUUACGCUUCGAGAUCUCUGUAACAGUAACCUCCCGUUUGGAGGAAAGGUUUUGCUUCUUUCUGGGGACUUUCGGCAGGUUUUGCCCAUUGUGAAGCAUGGGUCUCGAGCGCAGCAAAUUGAUGCCUCUAUCAAAAUGUCUCCUUUGUGGAAACUCUUUGAGGUCCAUUGCCUGAAUGAGAAUAUGCAGAUCUUAAGCUUAGGGAAUGAUCCAAUGGCGCGAAUGUAUGACAUGUUUUUGAUGCGUAUUGGGAAUGGGGAUCCUAUUCGUUUUGUUCCUAACGAACCUGCCGCGGUCAAACUGCCGCAUGAGAUUUGCACUGAUAAACCUAUUCGUGAUUUGAUUUCCUGUACGUUUGAGGAUGUGUGUGAACACGUUGGGGAUGCUGACUAUUUUAACGCUCGAUUGAUUCUCUGUGCCACCAAUGAUGAUGCGGGGUGUGUUAACGAUAUGGUUCUCAACGAUUUCCCUAGCGAGUCCAACUGGAUGUUCCAAUCCCUUCUGCACGAUGAGUACAUUGCGCUCAGCAAUGAAGAGAUUGCAAGAAUGACAUUUCAUUUGCCCUAUUGUCCGACGGAUGGUACUGUUCCGGAGCCCUUCUUUAGAUAUGCUCGUAUACAAAGUCUCAUCAAAAGAAUUCCUGUCGGUGUUCCUUCUUCCGCUCCUCCUCGCGCUACUGUCCGUCCACUGUCAUUACCGGCACCGUCUCCUACGAAGUUUCAACGUCUUGCAGAUUACGCUUCGCCGUCCAAUGUGGCGACGACUGUCGUCACUGCUUCUACGGUUGUUUCUGCUUCGCCUGCCGCUAUGUUUACUCCAUCUCCUACUGAUUGCGUUGUUCCCGCUCCUUUCGAUAUUGUCGUCUAUGAGUCUCUUGCAUCCAUUGGUCCCAAAAAUGUGCAUGCGCAUCUCUUCCAUCUUGAUAGCUUUCACAGGUUGCAAGAUAUCGCACAAGCGGCUGACGAGCUGCGUACGGAUAUGAACACGUGGAGGUCUGUUGAUGCUGCCAUCCAUCUUGACUACAAUCGGCAGCGACAAAGUCCAUUCCAAACUUUUGAGGAUUAUCGCCAGGAAGUGCUACAACAGAGUUCUGUUCGUGAGAUGUUACGAGAGUUUCAUUCGACUGAUGGGAAUUGAUUGCUCUUACAUGAGAUGGA